ACACCUUUUUUCCCCUCUUACCAACCCUCUCUUUCUCGUUUUCUCGCUCUAGCCUACCUACUUCUGCUUUUCGCCGAGUCCUUCUCUCCCAUCCUCCCAAACCUUCCGCCUCACACUUUACCCUCCGUCACAAAGUUGCCGUCUCUGUGCCAAUAGACAUUCAUACUCCCCUCCAUACAUUCCCUCCCAAAACUUCAGUUUACUAAAACUCGCCAUCCAAAAUGGCUACCCGACCUGAGAACAUUGGCAUCAAGGCCAUCGAGAUUUACUUCCCCAGUCAGUAUGUCGAACAAUCCGAGCUGGAGACCUUCGAUGGCGUCAGCGCUGGCAAGUAUACCAUCGGUCUUGGCCAGACCAAGAUGGCCUUCUGCGACGACCGCGAGGACAUUUACUCCUUCGCCCUGACCGUCACCUCAAACCUCAUCAAGAAAUACAACAUCGACACCAACUCGAUUGGCCGUCUCGAGGUCGGCACUGAGACUAUCUUGGACAAGUCCAAGUCGGUUAAGUCUGUGUUGAUGCAGCUUUUCGGCGACAACACCAACAUUGAGGGUGUCGACACGGUCAACGCUUGCUACGGAGGCACCAACGCCUUCUUCAACGCUGUCAACUGGAUCGAGUCUUCUGCCUGGGACGGCCGCGAUGCCAUUGUCGUUGCCGGUGACAUUGCCCUCUACGCCAAGGGCAACGCCCGCCCAACUGGAGGUGCUGGCGCUGUUGCCAUGCUCGUUGGCCCCAACGCUCCCGUCGUUGUUGAACCUGGUCUGCGUGGCUCCUACAUGUCCCACGUCUACGACUUCUACAAGCCCGACCUCACAAGCGAGUACCCCUACGUGGACGGCCACUACUCUCUGACUUGCUAUACCAAGGCUCUCGAUGCUGCCUACCGUGAAUACAACAAGCGCGAAGCCAAGCUCUCCAAGGCUGUCAACGGCAAUGGCAAUGCCAAUGGUAACGGCACCAACGGCGAGGCUAAGCUCCCAAAGACCAGCUUGGACCGUUUCGACUACCUUGCCUUCCAUGCCCCCAACUGCAAGCUCGUCGCCAAGUCCUACGCCCGUCUUCUGUACCACGACUACCUCGCCGAUGCCGACAGCCCCGCCUUCGCCGAGGUCGCCCCCGAGCUUCGCGACAUGGACUACGAGAAGUCCCUGACCGACAAGGUCGUGGAGAAGACCUUCAUGGGUCUCACCAAGAAGAAGUACCAGGAGAGGGUCGCUCCCGGUGCCCAGGUUGCCACUCUGAUUGGCAACAUGUACUGCGGUAGCGUAUGGGGAGGUGUUGCUAGCUUGCUAUCCUACGUAGAUGCCGCCACUCUCAGCGGCAAGCGUGUUGGUGUCUUCAGCUACGGUUCCGGUCUGGCUGCCAGCUUCCUGUCUCUGCGUAUCAACGGAGACGUCUCCCCCCUUGCCAAGGUCCUCGACAUUCCCGCCAGACUCGAGGCCCGCCGCAAGCUUGCCCCUGAGGCUUACGAGGCUAUGUGCGACUUGCGCCACCAGGCUCACCUCCAGAAGGACUACAAGCCCAAGGGCGACCCCUCCACCAUCGUGUCCGGCACCUACUAUCUCGAGAAUGUCAACGACAAGUUUCAGCGCACAUACAGCGUCAAGGCAUAGAGCCUUGCAUCCAUGCGGAAAGAAUACUUUUUUGCCAUUUUUGGAAUUGCGAACAAAUAGAGGCGGGUGCAUAGAUCUUGCGACAUCACUGCUCAAGAAGCAUGGCCAGCAUGAGGUAGUUUAAUCAGCGGAGGAACAUACAGAAGCGCCAUGGAUCACAAUCAGAUGACGGUAUCGACUGCAGAGAGAAGCAUGUCGCGUAGGAACGCACCUUGUAAUCAGGGGCAGUUGUAUAUACCGGGCCGGAUGGACGUAUUUGAGCACCACUAUUGAUGACGCUGAAGAAGGAAACGAAUGAAUUGAAACUACAGCCCCCCCUCCUCCCUCCAACUAGACUUCACGCCGAUGAACUUAUUGGAGAUAUUAUUGACUGGUAUGUGGAGCGAUCUCGCGCUCUGUCUGAUAUACCAAAAAUGCUAGCCCCUCCUUUUC